AUGCCUCCAAAACUUUUGACUCCUCCGGCCUUCAUCGACCUUCUUGCUCGCGAAACUAGUCGUCGAGUUAUUCCUGUCGACGCGUCCUGGUACAUGCCCAACACUCGCAGGGAUGCCCGCAACGAGUUUUUGACCAUAGAAAGAUUAGAGAAUGCGGUUUUCUUCGAUAUUGAUGCCGUCAAAGACGCUGCUUCGCCUUUUCCACACAUGUUACCGGACCUUCCAACCUUCAAUUCCAGCAUGAGAACUCUUGGAAUUCGUGAGUCUGACGUGCUGGUGGUGUACGACCGUGCAGGAAACUUCUCUGCCCCUCGAGCAGCUUGGACUUUUGCACUCUUUGGACACCCUCAGGUCUACUUGCUAAACAGUUUCCCAAAAUACAAGCAGCUCGGUUUACCUCUAGACACUGCCACAAGAACUACGGUGUCACUACUGCCACAGCCAUCUGACUACAAUUCGCACACAGACAAUCGAUCUGAGGAAGUAGUUCACUUCGAAGACUUGUUGCCGUUGGUGAAAUCCAACACGCUCAAUGACCGUUACAACCUAAUCGAUGCUCGCAGUUGGGACCGAUUUGCCGGUAAAGCACCAGAACCUCGGCCUGGACUACCCAGCGGACAUAUUCCUGGCUCUCAAUCAUUGCCUUUCCCUUCCACUCUCGCAGAGCUUGGGUGUUUUGAUGAAAAUACUGAGUCGAUGCACAACCGCAUCACUGCGGCUUUGGCCGCAAAUGGAGGCUCUCUUGAUCCAGAGAAGCCUACAAUAGCUAUGUGCGGGACCGGUGUAACUGGUGUGAUUGUCAAGACUGCACUUGAGCUCGCCGGGGUGCCCAAGGUCCGGCUCUACGAUGGCAGCUGGACCGAAUGGGUUUUGCGUGGAGGAGAAGUCAAAGUGAGCAAGUAG